AUGGCCACGCCACAGCCCUCCAGCCCGGCGCCGCAGUCGCAGUCGCAGUCGCAGUCGCAUUCCCGCGCCCAAACCUUGCGCGAUGCGCGCCGCACCGAGGAGGAGAAGAUGGUGCGGCAGAUGAUGGAGAAUGCGGGGGUGGCGGGGAUGGGGAGGAAGAAGACGGUCGUGGAGAGGCUGAACGAGAAGAAGAGGGCGAAGUUCGUCGGGGAGUGGGCGUGGCUUGUGGCGUUCUUCGGCUGGGUUUUCUUCGUCCACGCCUCCGGAAUCUACUUCUUCACGAAAGGAUUCCUCCUGACCCGCCUCGUCCUCUCCGAGAAAUCCACCUGCGCCGACUCUCCCCUCCCCGUCCACAGCGUCUUCGAAGGCCUCGGGACGCCGGCAGGGGGAUGCUGGCAUCCCAAGACCUUCGAGAGAGCCGUCGUGGUCGUGAUAGACGCCCUGCGCUACGAUUUCACCAUCCCCUUCGCCAAUGACAGCGAGAGCGGCCCCGCGCUGCCUUUUCACAACUCGCUGCCGUUCUUGUACGAGACGGCGGUUAAGCAACCGAAUAAUGCCUUCUUGUUACCUUUCAUUGCGGACCCGCCGACGACGACGCUGCAGAGGAUUAAAGGUCUGACGACGGGGACGCUGCCGACGUUCAUUGACAUGGGCAGUAACUUUGCCGGUGAUGCCAUUGCGGAGGAUAACCUGCUCAUGCAGUUGAAAGACGCGGGGAGGAAAAUCGUGCAUCUGGGAGACGAUACUUGGACGGCGCUCUUCCCCGGGUAUUUCGAGGAAGGGAUUAGUAGGGCUUACCCGAGCUUGAAUGUCUGGGAUCUUCACACGCUGGACAAUGGUGUGAACGAGCACAUCAUGCCGCUCCUGGGGAAGGAGAGGAAAGGGGAGUGGGACCUUAUGAUUGCGCAUUAUUUGGGCGUGGACCAUGCCGGUCACCGGUAUGGGCCGAACCAUCCGGCUAUGACGGCCAAGCUGCUGCAGAUGGAUGGAGUGCUCCGGGAGGUGGUGCAGAGUCUGGAUGAGAACACGCUAUUGGUUGUAAUGGGCGAUCAUGGGAUGGAUAGUAAGGGCGACCAUGGGGGAGAAAGCGACGACGAGGUGCAGGCUGCGCUGUGGAUGUAUUCCAAGAAGGGAGUCUUUGGACGCACUGAUCCUGCAUUUGUCACGCCCCCCGAGAACGCGAAGAUAAGACCUGUUCAGCAGAUCGAUUUAGUGCCUACGCUGGCCCUCUUGCUAGGUCUGCCGAUUCCGUUCAAUAAUUUGGGAAAGCCCAUUGAGGAGGCUUUUGCCGGGAAGAAGGGGGACGCGUGGGAAAAUCUCGCUAGUGUGGCGAGGAUGACAGCUGCUGGAAUCAAGAGAUAUCAGGCUGCGUAUUAUACGGCUCGUGGUAUUGACGAGAGCACUGUCGAUGGCACGCCCCAUGCCUUGUGGGAAACUGCCGUGGCGGCUUUUGCUGGUGCAGGCAAGCAGCAGAUGUGGAAGGAAACGUAUGCUGCUUUCUCUGCUUUCCAAGUAGAGACUCUCAACAUUUGUCGAGGCCUGUGGGCCAGGUUCGAUGUUCCCAGUAUGCUUCUUGGUGUUGGAAUCCUAGCGGCUGGUGUCCUGGCUCUGAUUCUUUUUGCGAACAGCAAUGCUGAAGAUGGAGAUGCAGUCGACGAUCCAGAGUUGCACCGCAAGGAGCUGCAAUCGGAGAUCGACAGUUUCGGGAACGGCGAGAACUUCAAGAAAGAUGACGAGACUACCAGCCGGUCACUUGUCCGUGGAGCACUGAUGGGUGCCUUGCUUGGAGCUGUUGGUGGGCCAACUUUCUUCAUUGCGCUGAAGCCGGAAUCUAUCUUCGAUUUUGUGCUGGGGGGCUGUGCUCUUUCUGGUAUUAUAGGCGUUCUUUAUCAGGAGAUGAGAAGGAGAAUGGCGUUCGCUAGUCCUUUACCGACCACAUUCUGGGGCUGGUUGGCUUUGAUAUUUACAGUCAGUCAGUCGAUUGGGUUCGCUUCGAACUCGUAUACGAUCUGGGAGGACUCUAUUCUCCUCUUCUUCAUCUCUACAUUUGGAGUUGCUGCAGCAAUCUCUUCGCUGCGUAUAGAGCAUGUGCCGGACAGGACACUUGGUGUCUACCACUCUGUUCUCUUUGUUGCCCUUGGCUGGGUGGCUUCUUUUUCGAAGCUUUGCAGAGAAGAGCAGAUGCCCUACUGCAGGUCAACAUACUACGCCUCCAGUACCUCCUCCACAUCCGCACCAUGGCAGCUUGCUAUCCCCUUUCUCAUCGCCAUGAUACUCCCCUCGAUCAUUAAAUCCUACUACCAGGGCAGUCUGUCCUUUGAUGGUUUUGCUCCAGCUUGGAUCAGCUGGAUGUUCCGUGGCCUCCUCUUCUGGAGCGCCAUCUUCUGGACCCUCGACGCAGCCGACGACGCCGAAUGGUUCUCCUCCUACAUCCCCUCCGGCCGCCUCAAGGUGAUCCGCGUCCUCAUCGCCCAGAGCCUCUUCGCCAUCGCUGUCGGUGUUGGCUGUCCAGCGUGGCUCUACGCACCUCCCUGCGUUUCAAUUUCUCAAACCGCUGCCCCCUCCUCCCCGGACGCUCAAAUGACCAACGGCGCCGGCACUACAGUCACCAUCAUGGGCUUCGCCAACACACACGGCACCCGCUACUUCCUUCUUGUGAUCAACUUCCUGCUUUGCCUUCUGCUAGUGCAGAAGCCUAUGGGCGCUGGUGCACUCAGUCUUAUGGCAUGGCAAAUCCUGUCACUGGUCGAGAUCCUCGACCUCAACGCCCUAACCACCUCCCCCAUCGGCCCUGUCGUCCUCGCUCUGCUGGGCUCCUUCCACUUCUUCAAAACGGGGCACCAAGCCACACUCUCCUCCAUCCAGUGGGAAUCCGCUUUUAUCCCCCUCUACACAAUUACCUACCCUUAUUCCCCCGUCCUCGUGGCACUCAACACCUUCGGCGCGCAAAUCCUAGCGGUGAUCGCCUUACCGCUAGUGGUACUGUGGAAGCAGAAGCCCCGGAAGAAGGCACUGCUGAAGGGCGCUGCGGCGGCCCUGGCCUGGCACGUGGCGUAUUAUGCCGUGGUCGGGCUGGCGACGACGAUGUGGGCGGGGCAUCUGCGGAGGCAUCUGAUGCUCUACCGGAUCUUCAGCCCCAAGUUCAUGAGUGCGGCAUUCGUCCUGCUGAUCGUCGACGUCGUGGGCGUUCUGUUCGCGCUGGUGGGCGUCAGGGUCAAUACGGUGGGUGUCGCGGAGGUUUUUGGCUGGGGAUGA